UCCAUCUCCUCCCACUCAACCAACGCCCCCUCCACUCGCGCCGCGGAUGGGACGCCGGAGGACCAAGCAGGCAUGCGCGACCAACCCGAGCAUGCUCAGUAGCGCGCACGGCGCCCCGGAGCUUCAUCCAGCCGCUGCUGACGCGGAGGUCUCCGCGGCAGCCGCGGGAGCGGCAGGAAGUGAAGCGGCCUGUCCCGGCGACCGCGGAGGCAGAAACAGAGGCGGAAGGGACCCUGCGGCGACGUCGUCGUCGACGGGGGUGACGGAGGGGGCUGAGUAUCUAGGGGACUCGCUGGCUGGGAAGCCGGAUCCCGAACCGGGCAGGAUGGAUUAUCACCAGCCGGGGACUGGCCGCUACCAGGUGCUUCACAAUGAAGAGGAUAAUUCAGAAUCACCUGCAGUGGAGCAACCAUCAGCUUCAGCUCCAACACCACAGACCAUGCGGACUGUUCCUGCAGCAUUAGUACUCGAAACAGACUCUUCUCCGCCACCUUACAGUAGUAUUACUGUGGAAGUACCUACAACUUCAGAUACAGAAGUUUACAGUGAGUUUUAUCCUGUGCCACCUCCCUACAGUGUUGCUACCUCUCUUCCUACCUAUGAUGAAGCUGAGAAAGCAAAAGCUGCCGCAAUGGCAGCUGCAGCAGCAGAAACAUCUCAAAGAAUUCAGGAGGAAGAGUGUCCACCAAGAGAUGACUUCAGUGAUGCAGACCAGCUCAGAGUGGGUAAUGAUGGGAUCUUCAUGCUGGCAUUUUUCAUGGCAUUUAUUUUCAACUGGCUCGGAUUUUGUUUAUCCUUCUGUAUCACCAAUACCAUCGCUGGAAGGUACGGUGCCAUCUGUGGGUUUGGCCUUUCAUUGAUCAAGUGGAUCCUUAUCGUCAGGUUUUCUGAUUAUUUUACUGGAUAUUUCAAUGGACAAUAUUGGCUUUGGUGGAUAUUUCUUGUACUUGGCCUGCUCCUUUUCUUCAGAGGAUUUGUUAAUUACCUAAAAGUCAGAAACAUGUCUGAAAGUAUGGCAGCUGCUCAUAGAACAAGGUAUUUCUUCUUAUUGUAAAGACUACAUCAACCAGACAUUCCUUUCUUACACCAAUGUGAAAUUUCCAGAUCAUCUUGUAAACCUACAACUUUAAUAGGAUAGAAGACUACUAAUAACAGAAGACAAAUUAGUUAAGAAAAGAUAGAGCUUCAAAAUUGAAUGGCAGAGUGGUUUAUGCUUAAAAGCCAUUUCUGUUCAUUCUCUUAAAUAUUUAUAUUUCAUUUGUUUCGUGCAUUUGCGUAUGUGUCCCUUCAAAAGAUUUGCAUAUACUUGAAAGACACCGUGAAGUUGCAGCAGUGAAGUCCACUCACAUUUGGUUGAUCAGUGUUUGAUAUAAUUGGAAGAGUUGAGCGAUAAACAGUGUUCUAGCAUGUAAAUGCCAUGACUUCUGACCUGACAUUUAGUGUAAUAAAAUUGAGAUUAUUAACCAUGUCAAAUGCUGUAGUUCCUGCCUCUGAGAUUCAUCUAGUAACUACACAUGAAACAUCCUUUGUUGUAAAGUUUUUUGGAAACUGCAGUGCUGAUUACUAGAAAAGCUUUGUCAGAUUUUUGAACAUGAUUUUACAUCGUCAUUUAGCAAAGCUCUUUCUGUAAAUAACCAAGAAUAAAUUACUUUCUGCAUUGUUUUCUUAGAAAUUGUGUCUAGAUAUCUUCUCAUUAAUUUUAAAAUAAGUAAUUUAAUAUAUACAGAACAUUUGGGUGUUAAAGUUAGUUUGUUUUAAGACAAAUGUUAAGAAAAUGUGGGUGUUCCACAUAUCCUCUAUAAGAACAAGAUUGUUAAGGGACACGCCGGUGUUAGGGAUCUUCAAACGAGAAGCGUGGUUUCUAGCCUUGCCCGUCUCAGAGAUUCUUACAGGAAGCGAUUGUAUUAGAUGUCGUAUUUAUUUCAUUUAUGACAGUUUUGAAAAUUAAUUUUUUGAAUAAGAUAGUCUCAUUUGCAUUUGUCUUUUAAAAAGCCAAUAAAAGUAUCUUUUCAUUAUCAUUGUAGUAAGUUUUAGAUAUUUAGUUUGUUAAAUUUAGCAAAUAAAAACUUGUGCUAUUAAUAGCUCUAGCUUUGUGGUUGUAGGACUGACUUGUAAAACUCAUAUCAUGAUAUGCAAAAUAUGUUUCCAAGUUCCGGAAAUGUCUGUGGAGUAUGGGGCCUGGGCUGUGUCUGCGUGCUGCGAGACUGUGUGUGCCACCGUUACUGCAACUGGAAUCGACGUUACGUUCAUAAGCUACUGCAUUUUGCAAGUCAUUUUAUGUCUUGUUUACUUUUCUUUUCCGUUAAUGUCUUUGCUUUUGAGUGCCAACAUUAAAACGAUCAGAAUUAUCUCAUCUUUUAAACUGAAAAAUCAUUUAAUACAGCUAAAUAGAACACAUAAAAUUGACUGUUUAUUAUUAGGCACGGAGUACUACUAAAAGAUACACCUAAAACUAUUCAGGGACAUUUUUCCAUUGCUGGAAAAAAAUUUAUUAUGCUUUAUAGCUUCUUUUGUAUUUAUCUGUAUUUUCUGAUUUAUUUCAUUGUCUUUCAUAAUAAAACAUACAUUUUUGUUUUUGCUAA